CUCUUUUGCUACUUCGGCUAUGGCAUCUGCCAUAGUCAGCAGUCGAUACCGAGCGAUCCAGGCCCUCCCCCUUCUGCUUCCACCUCGGUUUCUUCUCCGAUUCAAUCUAACUCGAAUAAACCAGAGGCAAAAUUUACGUCUAACUCUAAAGAGCUCCGUCAAUGGCUGCGCACCACUAGGGCUCGUAUGGCUGCAGAGGCUAAAGCUCGGGCAAAGUGUCAAUGUCAUCCUCGUCCUCUUGUGACAUUCAGUCAGAUUGGCAAUCGCCUAGACAUGCUAUAUCAACCUGAAAGUCUCCGCCAAAUUGGGCCAUUUUCCCUACAGGGUACUUGGCCUCAAGUCUCAGGUGACCAUAACGCAAAAACAGAUGUCAAGCUAGACUCGUCUAUAAACUAA